UUUUUCCUUUCAAGUCCACUCUCAAACUACAACCCACUAAAUCAAGAUGUUCAACCUCUUCAAGUCCUCCAAGGAUUCCGCCCCCGAGGCCACCUGGAACCCCGACACGGUGACCAUGACCACAAUGCAACAACCCACCAGCCCACAAGCUCCGACCACCGAGCGCGUCGUCACCGAGCAGCCUUCUUCCCAAGAACAAAUGAACAUGACCCUUCGUGGUGGUGGUGCCGGUGGUGUUUGCUGCGGAGUGUGCGCCGGUUUGAUGUGCUUUGAGUGCUGUGAGGAGUGUUGCUAAACAAAAUUCUCAUCUGGGUCGGUUUUCGCUGGGAUCGGAUCUACACCUCGCAUUCUACAAUCAAUUGGAGAUGGUGAGAUCGCGACACGUGCUUGAUGCGAUAUGGCUAGAUUCUAUAUCUUGUUGAGGGAUGGCUAACGGGCGGCGGGCAUCCGGCUGGUCGGUCGAUUGGCUCUUGCUGUUUCCGCUGGUUGGAUACAAUCUUGAUUCUAUGAGUCGAUUGGGUUGUGACGUUGGGAAUGACUGUUGGCUUUUCUUUACGUGUUGAUGUGAUGGAUGGAUGUCUAUACCCCUUUUUUGCUUUUCUUUUAGUGGUUUUAUGUGAGAUGAAAUGUUAUUCUUCUGGUUUGACUGU